CAGUGAGUCCUGGACUUGACCUGAUUUGUCAGUUUGAUGACUUCACUGAACUGUCGCUUCUCCAGGGAUUUAUUGUCUUACAAUUCAACCUAGGGACUCCCUGUUUCCCCGAUUUGUUGAAUGAAAAUGAAGAUGCAUAAGGGAUUUAUUAGAAGAGGCAUUUGACAUCAAAGCGCAACAUCUGAGGAGGCUCUAAUUAUCCGUUACCAUGGCUUACCCAGAGCACUUUGAUUGGUUAAAAGAGACCACCAGCUUGUUUCCAGGUUUGCCAGGGUUUUCCAGCAUGUUUGGUAAGAAGAAGAAACGGCUGGAGAUCUCAGCUCCGUCUAACUUUGAGCACCGGGUCCACACGGGCUUCGACCCACGUGAGCAGAAGUUCACCGGGCUGCCACAGCAAUGGCAGAGCCUGCUGGCAGACACUGCCAACCGCCCCAAGCCCAUGGUGGACCCCUCCUACAUCACCCCCAUCCAGCUGGCACCAAUGAAGAUAUCUCCCAAGAAAGUCCGGUCAUCUGAAACGCCGUUGUCCAAAACUAUUGUUCGAGGGAACCGGCCACCCAAAGAUGCAUCCAUUAACGGCCUGCUGGAGGAGUUUGACAACAUUUCAGUAACUCGCUCCAACUCACUGCGGAAGGAGAGCCCACCAGGCCCCCAUCAGGCUGGAACCAGCUCAAAACCUUUGGGCAUUGGACAUCCCACUGCUCCAGAGGAAAAUGGAUUCAACCAUUACUACUCUCGCUACUCAUGUGACCUGGAUACCUCUAGUAGAGACUUUUCUCUGGAUCACAGCAAGCCAAACUUCUCUAUAGAUGGGGACUGGGCUGUUGGGAGACACUAUCGAUUCACCAAACAGAAUGGCCACUCGCAUCCUAUACGCAGCCCCUUCUACCCAGACGCCAUGCCUCAAAAAUCAGACUAUGGCAAGCUCCCCCCAGACUACCACACCUACUUGGAGAGCAAAGUGCGCUCAGCUGAUGAGGCAGCCUCUAUGGUGGGGAGUGGAGUGGGCUCCAGUGGCUACUACCGUGCAUCAGUGGGAGGUUCAUCUAGCCAGGAUUACCGGGACACUUCAGUUGGCACCCCAUCUCGUGCCUCUCUUCACAGCGAGCAGAUCAACUACCCAGACAGUGAGUGGAGCUAUGGUGGCCUGCGGGAUGAAUAUGACAAGAGACCCAAGAGCUCCUAUGUGACCCAGACUAGCCCCACGCCGGCUAUCAGGCAGCGAUCUCGAUCAGGAUCUGGGCUGCAGGAGCAAAAUGUCCCCUAUGCGGCCAGCGGGGCUUUCAGGAACCCGCCACAGGCUCAUCCGUACAGCUCCUACACCUACCCUCGCCUCUCGGAGAGUCUUGCUAACUCCCAGACAAUAGCCAAGGGUGACUAUGAUCGUCCAUCUCGUGAUGAAAGUCCCCAGGUUGCAGGUGGUGGCACCUGCCCCAGAGGGCCUCUCAAGCUACCUCAGAGCCAUGCCAAACCACCUGGCUACCCCCCAGUGCACCUACCAUACCCUCCCAUCUUUCACCAUUACAAACCCUCACCUUACCAUCAUCCUCCGUCUCAACCCAGUCCACCAUACACCCCUCAGGGGGCUUACUCACAGCCUUCAUCACCCUACAUCCCCCCGGGGGCUUAUCCGCCUCCUUCAUGGGGGUCGAGCUCUGACACUCAACCCUCCAGAGUUUCCCAUGAGCAGUUCAGAGCUGCACUUCAGCUAGUGGUCAACCCAGGCGACCCUCGGGAAUACCUGGACAACUUCAUUAAAAUUGGCGAGGGUUCCACAGGCAUCGUGUGCAUUGCCAGCGAGAAGCACAGCGGCAAGCAGGUGGCAGUGAAGAAGAUGGACCUGAGGAAGCAGCAGAGGAGAGAGCUGCUUUUCAAUGAGGUGGUGAUAAUGAGGGACUACCAUCAUGAAAAUGUGGUGGACAUGUACAACAGUUACCUGGUGGGAGACGAGCUUUGGGUUGUCAUGGAGUUUCUUGAGGGAGGGGCACUUACCGACAUUGUGACUCACACCAGGAUGAAUGAGGAGCAGAUUGCCACUGUGUGUCUGUCAGUGCUUAGGGCCCUGUCCUAUCUGCACACACAGGGCGUCAUCCACCGUGAUAUCAAGAGUGACUCUAUUCUCUUGACCAGCGAUGGAAGGAUUAAGCUUUCAGACUUCGGCUUUUGUGCCCAAGUUUCCAAAGAAGUGCCCAAGAGGAAGUCACUGGUGGGCACACCUUACUGGAUGGCACCAGAGGUCAUCUCAAGACUGCCUUAUGGGACAGAGGUGGAUAUUUGGUCUUUAGGUAUCAUGGUGAUCGAGAUGGUGGAUGGAGAGCCCCCGUACUUCAAUGAGCCCCCUCUGCAGGCCAUGAGGAGGAUACGAGACAACCUGCCACCACGGUUAAAAGAAUCACACAAGGUGUCGUCUGUGCUGCGGUCCUUCCUGGACCUGAUGCUGGUCAGGGAGCCGUCACAGAGAGCCACUGCCCAGGAACUCCUCCAGCACCCCUUCCUCAAAUUGUCUGGACCACCUUCUUGCAUUGUCCCCCUCAUGAGACACUACCGCCAUCGCUGACCCACCAGCCCAAACCUGCCCUUUUCUACACAAAAACUACACAUACAUACACCUACCCCUCUAGGGUGACACUGCCCUCACCCAGCCAAAACACACACCGUUCGGUGGCGUGCCACUUAAUAGUCACACCUGUAACAAUGAAGUAGAUUAAAUAGAAGAAUAUAUAAGAAACACAUUUAAAACACACACAUCAGAGACAAAAAACAAAACAGAACAAAAAAAACAAAAAAACAGUAACCUUUGAACUGUAGAGCUGUAGAAGAGCAUACAGUGCCAGAGAAACUCACUAGUCAUCCUGUAGAAAUGCGUGGGCUAACUCGCCCUGCAGCAGUCUUCUUUCUUCCCAGACUUUGAGUCUUCAGCUCCACAUAGACUCUCAGUAGCCAUCAGCCUUCCAGAGCUUCAGAAGGGUGUGCCCGAGUGGCUGACGAGGCGGAGGAACUCAGGCACUGCCCCAGCCAACAAUCAGCUCCGCGGAGAGAGGCUUCGGAUACUUUGCUGCUCAGCUGCUCGGACAGGAACGAGCUCUCAUGCAUCUCUCUUUCUCUCUCUUCUCACACACUAAAAGUGAAAAUGUAUUUUAGAAAAACUUGUAAGAUUUUCUGUACAGUUUUGAUAAUUUGCAGUAUUUUAUUGUGUCGUAACCAUUGUGAUAUGAGCAGUAUUAAAUAGUUUCUGCAGAGAUUUUUCCUACUGUUUAUAAUCCAGUUUUUGCUUAAAGAUAAGAGAAAUCCCAAAUAAAUCCAUCUAAACUUAACUGUUACAAAAAAUACUUAAUAUAUUUAUUAUCUCACAUUUGUAGACGGAACUUCCAUUAAAUGUUGGAAAAAAGGGUAAUGUCAGAAUUUUGUAUGACAUUUAAGAAUAUUUAUUUAUUUAUUGAAACUGAAGGUAUACUUUUAUUUGUAGUGUGGCCUUUUUGUUUGUUUCUCUUUUUGUUUUUGUUGGGUUUUGAUUCACAUUUCUAAAAGGCACAUUGGCAAACAGUGCUAUCAGUUGUUAUAUCAUCCAAGCAAUAUCCCAAACCUAUUUAUAAAACCACAACGCCCUGCUUUUCUUACAUUGUAAUACACUUUGCAUUUAAAUGUAGCACAGAUUGAAUGGCUUUGACCAAAAAUACAAAAAAAAAGAAAAAAAAAUCCUCAUGGGCAUAUUUUCUUUUGUAUUAGCAUUCUCGCUGUGUUUCUUUAAAUGCUAAUAGGCGCCUUCCUUCCAAGCAGAGUUCAAAAUGCCUAUAAAAAGGUCUCAUUUUCCACUCACAUCUUCACUGUCAUCAUCUCACUCCUUAUCCCACCUCAGUCAGACACACAGCGCUAUGACUAGAACUGUGCCGCCAUCUUCAUCUCCAAUUGGACCAGGAGAACAGUGUAACCUUCCUCCCCGCAUCGUUUUUACCCAUCAGUCACUGUGAUAUGUAAAUAUGACCAUGAGUGUGCGAGCGUGUGAGCCUGUGUUUGUCGAGGAGUAAAAGAGGCGGAGCGUGUUUAUCCCUGUACAGCAUCUGAACGUGCAUUUGCGUGUGUUUGUGUGCGUGUACCGCCAGCUAAUCCUUGACAAUGUGUCAAGAUUUGAAUGAGUUACACUUAUCUGUGGUUUUGGCUUGUACAGUGAUAUUGCAUGUUUGUUAUCAGUGAAGCUGGUUUCAAUUAAAAAAACGCACAUAAAAACA